AUGCGUUGGUACUGGAUCUUCCUUGCCUUGUCGGUUCUCCUGGCCGCAGCUAUUGCGAGGCCACUGGUGCAAGAUGCCCAUCUUCCUUACCAGAGCGACAUCGGCGAAGGCAAGUAUUACUCCACCAGUGCUACGGACGCAGUUCAGUUCGAUGCUCAGCCGGGUGCAACCCCAUUCAAUCUCCUGCUACAAAGGGGCCCUUGA